AUGUCUCCGGGUCGAUUGACUGAACAAGAUGAAUACGAUUUCAUCGUCUGUGGAGGUGGUACAUCAGGCUGCGUUGUCGCCGGGAGACUGGCCGAGGACUCAAAUGCACGAAUUCUCCUGGUCGAAGCCGGACCUCACAAUAAAGACCUUGAGAAUGUCCACAUGGUUGGUGGUUGGUCGAAGAACUUAGACUGUGAAACAGAUUGGAAUCUCGUCACUACCCCCAUGAAGGGCGUUGAUGGCCGACGAGUUAAGCUCAGUCGAGGCAAAUUUCUGGGCGGUUCUUCUGGUGUCAACGGAACACUUUGUAUCCGCGGAAGCAAACAGGACUAUGAUGAUUGGAACCUUCCAGGAUGGUCAGGUGAAGAAAUGUUUGCAUAUAUGCGCAAGGCCGAGACAUUCCACAAUAAACCGUGGUUCCAAGUCGACGAAAAGGCACACGGCUAUGAUGGACCCCUCCACACAGAACCACACGAUCUAGCACCAAUAUCCCAAUUGUUGCUAGAAUCGAUGGAAUCCAUGGGAAUGCCCCUGGUCCAUGACAUGUUCAGCAAUGGGGAAACUCCACAUGGCUGUGGCCAUGUUCCUCGAACUCACCACAAAGGUAUUCGAACCACAGGUGCUGACUUUGUGACAAAUGACCACCACCGGGCCAAUAUCGACAUUGUGGUCGAGACUCUGGUGGAAAAGAUUAACUUCGAGGAGAGAAACGGUCAACCUGAAGCUGCAAGUGUGACUCUCGUUGACAAGAGUGGAGCGAAAAGAGACGUCAAGGCAAGGAAAGAAAUCAUUGUCUCCGGAGGUAGUGCAUAUUGCUCACCAGCAAUCCUUCUUCGAUCCGGAAUUGGUCCCAAAACGGAAUUGGAACAAUUGAGCAUCAAGUGCCUAGUGGACUCUCCAGGAGUGGGAAAGAACCUACUGGAUCAUCUCAUUGUUUUCACAUUUUAUGAAACCGAGGAGGGAUUGACGAAUGACUAUCUGGUGUACCACGGUGAUGCUGCCAUGGCUGCGUAUAUGUUGUAUAAAGAGAAGAAAGAGGGAAUUCUUGCUACCUUCCCCUUUGGUUCUUUCGCUUUCGCAAGGCUUGAUGAUCGACUAAAAGAUGAGCCAUUGUGGAAAGAGGCAAAGAGACAACCAGGUCGUGAUCCCAUGGGAUUAACUCCAAAGCAGCCCCAUGUUGAGUUUUUCACCACCGAGCUAUACGGCGGCCCAAAACAAUACGCUGAUUUCCCUAUCGACAAGAAACAUGCCUUUGCAAUGAUCACCGAGCUCUUUUCACCACGAUCGAGGGGAACGGUUACGCUGAAGUCCACGGACCCCUUCGAGAACCCAGUGAUAGAUUGCAACUAUCUCUCCGACCCACUCGAUCUGCUGGUUCUCACCGAAGGGUGUAGUCUAGGAAACGAGGUUGUCAUGAAAGGAGCCGGCACCAAAAACGUCGUGAAAGGCUCCUGGCCUCCUAAUUUGGCACAUCAUGCAUUCACCAGUCGAGAAGAGUGGAUCCCAUAUGUCAAACAGCACGCAACGACAUGCUAUCACGCCGCCGGUACUUGUAAGAUGGGACAAAGUGAUGAUAUGAUGGCUGUGCUUGAUGAAAAGCUUCAAGUCCGGGGAGUCAAAGGUCUCAGGGUUGCAGAUUGCAGUGUGAUGCCAACUUUGCAUGGCGGCCAUACUCAAAUGCCAGCGUACGGAAUCGGGGAAAAGGCUGCGGACCUGGUCAAGCAGAGCUGGAUCAAGGCAUAA